AUCAAAAUCUGAAGUCUCUUUCAUUUCUAGGGUUUCAAACGCUCUCAAAAUUUCUUCACAGUAAUUGAAUCAACUACUUUUGGGGAUUUCGUAAUCUAGUUAUCCAUUGUUGCUGCUCCCGGAUUACAAUGCCGCCUCCUUCCAAAUUCGUGGAAGGCGAGGAGUUGGGAAGCCCCACCAACAACCUCUGGGUCGGAAAUCUGCCGCCGGAGGUCAUAGAUUCCAAUCUCAUGGAACUAUUCGCUCCGUACGGUUCUCUGGACUCACUCAUCUCCUAUUCCUCGCGCACCUUCGCUUUCGUCUUGUUCAGGCGCGUCGAAGACGCUAAGGCCGCAAAAUCCAACUUGCAAGGCGCAUGGCUCCGUGGGUUUCAAAUCAGAAUCGAGUUUGCCAGACCGGCAAAGCCGUGUAAACAAUUGUGGGUGGGUGGUUUUAGUCCCGCUGUUGCGAGGGAAGAUUUGGAAGCCGAGUUUUGGAAAUUCGGUAAGAUUGAGGAUUUUAAGUUCUUUGUAGACCGCGGUACUGCGUGUGUUGAGUUUCUCAAUCUGGAUGAUGCUGUUCGGGCCAUGAAAGUCAUGAACGGGAAGCGGUUAGGUGGAGGCCAGAUUUGUGUAGACUUCCUUCGACCACAAUCUACGAGAAGAGAUUUUUUGGUUGAUCAUGGGCAGUUUCAGACUAGACCACAGCAUUUACAACCUUCAAUUGGGAGGAAUAGUCAACCCAGCAAAAUUUUGUGGAUAGGUUUUCCUCCUUCUUUUCAAAUUGAUGAACAAAUGCUCCACAAUGCCAUGAUUUUAUUUGGUGAAAUUGAUAAAAUCAAGAUUUUUCCUUCUAGACAUUAUUCAUUUGUUGAAUUUAGAAGCACUGAUGAAGCUCAGCGUGCCAAAGAGGGUCUUCAAGGACGGCUUUUUAAUGAUCCUCGAAUAACGAUUAUGUAUUCAAGCAGUGAGCCGGCACCUGGAAAAGAUUACCCUGGCUUUUAUCCUGGAGGUAAAGAGCCGAUACGUGAUGGAUUAGUUAAUGAGUAUCCAUUUCGACUGCAACAAACAGAUGUAUUUGGUCAUAAUCGUCUGAUGGUUCCAAAUAAUUUUCCUGGACAAUUGCCACCCGGACAUAAUGUCCCAAUGGGACCUUUUGGUUCUCAAGGUCUUGAACCUCUUAUUUCCGGUCCUGAUUUUAAUGAGAUGGGUCCAAGCUGGAAAAGGCCAUCUCCUCCUGCCCCAGGAAUGCUUCCUUCUCCUGUGCCUGGUUCUGGUAUUGGGCCUCCUACAAGAUCCACCUCUGGUGCAUGGGAUGUACUUGGCAUAAACCAAUUUCAAAGAGAUUCUAAACGUUCGAGGAUACAUGAUGCUUGGCUCAUUGGUGAUGCUCCAUUUCCUUUAAGGUAUAUAGAUGACCGUGGAUUAGGACUAGAACAACCAUUUGCAAUUGAUCCAGUUAUUGAUGGAGGUGGUUCUGGUCCAAACAGUCACCUUGGUCCAGUCGGCACUAGGAUCACAUCUGGAGUACCUGAUUCUGUCCAACCUGAUAUUGAUCAUAUAUGGCGUGGAAUUAUUGCAAAAGGGGGAACUCCUGUUUGUUGUGCUAGAUGUGUGCCUAUUGGAAAAGGGAUAGGAACUGAGAUUCCUGGUGUUGUAGAUUGUGCUGCUAGGACUGGAUUGGAUAUGCUAAAGAAGCACUAUGCUGAUGCAAUUGGCUUUGACAUUGUUUUUUUUCUUCCUGAUAGCGAAGAGGAUUUUGCUUCAUAUACUGAAUUCCUUCACUACCUCAAAGCAAAACAUCGUGCUGGUAUUGCCAAGUUAGUUGAUAACACCACUUUAUUUUUGGUACCACCUUCUGAUUUAUUGACCAAGGUUUUUAAAGUCACGGGACCUGAACGUUUAUAUGGUGUGGUUCUUAAAUUUCCAUCAGUUCCAAGUAGCACAUAUAUGCAACAAGCAAUGCAUUUGCCUUCACCCUCUACUCAGUAUAUGCAACAGAUUCCCCCUUCACAAGUUGAGUAUGGUUCAAUAUCUGCAAAGGAGGAACAGGUUUUACCAAUGGAUUAUAACAGAUUGUUGCAUGAGGAUUCUAAGCAUCUUCCAAAACCACUUCAUCCGGCUACAAGUGUCCCCUCUUCAUCUCAUUCUGUUCCUUCUGAUUAUGCUCUUACUCAUACUGCUUCUGUAUCCCAAGCUGGAGUUACAUGGACACCUGAACUUAUUGCAAGUUUAACUUCUUUACUCCCUGCAACUACACAAUCAUCAACCCCUGGCGGUCAAAUGGGAAUGGCUGGUCCCUCUACUGUGAAGUCACCUUUUCCUUCUGUUGCACCUAAUAAUGGAAAUCAAUCUCAUUUGUGGAAACAAGAUAAGCAAAUUGCUGAUCCUUCUAGUCAUCCUCCUCAACAGUUUGGGAGUAUUCAUAAUGCUCAAUAUCAACCUUAUCCACCUGCAUCUUCUACUGACAACCCUGCUCAAGUGGUCUCUGGCAGUUCUCGUUUCCAAGAUACUGCUUCCAGUCUUAAGCAGCUAGGUGCUGUUUUGUCUACACCCAUGACUAAUUUCAUCUUACCUCCUCAAAAUGGACAGGUAGCUGUGUCCCUUCAAGUCAGUCAACAGUAUCAGGAAGUCCCACACGGCACUGAGAAAGGCUAUGGAGUGGUUCAGGGAACAGAUGCCUCUGUUUUAUAUAGUUCUAAGGCGUUCCAACAACCUAAUAAUUUUAUUUCCUCAUCUAACCAAGUUGCCAAUGCUGGAUCACAGCAACAAUCUGUGAUACCCUAUACAGUGGACAAAGUUAAUUUAGGGCCCACAAAUCAGCAACUUCAACCUGCGUUAUUUGGAGUUGGCCAGGGAGUGUCAGAAUUGGAGGCUGAUAAGAACCAGAGAUACCAGUCAACACUACAGUUUGCUGUCAACCUUCUCCAGCAGAUACAACAACAGCAAACACAAGGAGGGCAUGGGCCAGGAAAUCAACAAUAAGAAUUGUUUUCUACAUUUCUCAGUUUCUUCUUCUGCUGAUGGUGCUACUACUAUGAUGCCAAGGGUCUCAGUUAUUGAAGAUGUCUGCUAUUGGUUUUUUUACUAGGAUAAUUGGCAGGCUUGACUUUUGGCCAUAUAGUUACAACACAUUAUCUAUUAAAUUCCCUGGAAUGCUGCUUGCUAAGUGUACAUGUUUCUCUCCCUUGCCAGCUUGGUUAUUCUUGAUUUGCUACAUAGUCACUAACAUUUCGAAAGCCUUGUCCAGGUAUGUUAAGAAAAUUGGCAAUGUUAUGUGCAUAGUGAUGUUAAAUUCUGUUCAUAUUUAUGCUGUUCUGUAGUAAAUUUUUGUUCAUGGCAACCAUAUAUGCUGAUCUAUAGUCUGUCAAAUGGUGCAGAUUCUGUUUAAAUCCUGUUAUAUAUAUAUAUUUGGUAAUGUGCUUUAGCUUUUCAUAUUGAUUGAUAAAUGUUAAAACAUUUAAACCUAGGAUACAUAAUUUCUUGUAGUAGAAUUAUAGGUAGUGUUUUAGGAUUUUGAUAUUUUUUUUCUGCAAGCAUCUAUGGAAAUACAUCAACAUUAGCCCUGUAUUUGUGGGAAUGAUUCAAUUCAAUGGUCGUUGGAUGAUUGAUGUUAUAGUUAUAUUUAUCAGUUUGCACUUCCUCUUCAGUCUUCAGUGAAAUACAUUAUGUUUUAGGUUAGAAGCAAUUGCUGUUUUUGUGCAUUGCAGUUGAAUUGUCAUCAAUAAGAUGGGGAUUGUCUGUUGAACUUUAGUUCUGUUAGUGGUUAGGAAUCUUAUUGAUAGGGAGAAUUGACAGUAUUUGGUCCUUCGGAGAAUUAGUAAGUAUUUAUAAUGCUCCCUCAAAAUAUGUGUACAGGACACUCCGUGGUAGAACUAUUUCAUUAAGUGACUUUGUCUCAAAUAUGAUUUCACAUGAUAAUGGAUACAUCGACUUUGUAGUAUGUAACAAUCCCCAUCGUACACAUCUUAGAAUGCUUGCAUAAUGGUUAAGAUGAGUCUAGUAAAUACCUCAUUUCUAAUAGACCUACUUUUGCUUAUUUUUGUGCACUAGCAUUAAUUUUGUCCAUUAUCUUAUUUCUGAUUGGUUUAAAUUUUAUUUCUCUUAAUUCCAUCAUAUGCUGUUUCAUUUUCUGUCUCCAAUAUUUGUCAUAAUGUUUCUGUAUUUUUUUUUUAAUUGCAUUGAUACCAAUGUUUUGACAUAAAAUGUCAUAUUACAAAUAUCCUGUACAAAUAGUUCAAGACUCAAUAUCUGUGCUUGAACUUCACUAUACUGCAAUGCAUGAUGAUAACUUGUUUUAAAUGCUGUUUCCCAUUAUUUUUAAGAUGUAGGCUUUAGAGCACUUUGUUUGCCCUAGAAGGUUAAUAUUAGGGUUGGGAUCUCAAUCACACUAUAACUUAUUUCACUGAUUUGUAAUUUGAACUAUGUAAGGAUCUUUAAUGUGCAUCCAAAGAUUAUGUGAAGACACUUUCUGUUCAAUAUUGUAAAUUUAGUUGGCGCUAUUUACUGCUUUACCAGCUAUCAUACUCGGGGAUCGGUUAUCAGAAAAAUUUUGGUACCAAAUGCCAAUUCUGACUUCCCCUUGUUUCUCCUACGCUUCCUUGUUAUCACUCUUUCAUAUCCAAUAGUGAGAAUACACAAUUUAUAUUCGGGUUUGGACUAUUGAAGGGUUUUAAUUGUA